AUGCUGCUUCGUGAAGAGGAAGCUGUUGGCCAUGGGGUUUCGCAUAACCACCUGGAAUGGACCUUUGAGUCUAUGUUUGAUAUCCUGGAGUCGGACAUUGUGGUUUUCCAAGAAACCAAAAUUCAGCGAAAAGACCUCCGAGAUGAUAUGGUCCUGGUUCCCGGAUGGGACUGUUAUUUCAGCCUUCCUCGAUUCAAAAAGGGCGAGUUUCCUUUCUUCGGUACUUUGUGCUACUCUGGCGUGGUGAUCUACACGCGAAACGCGACUUGUGCACCAAUCCGUGCUGAAGAAGGCAUCACGGGAAUCCUUUGCCCACCAAAUUCAUCAGUACCAUUCCGCGAACUACCUCCAGACCAACAAAUAGGCGGUUACCCGACGAUUGAACAGCUCACGCGGUCCAACCAACAAACUGGGGAUGAUUCUGCAGAGGAAAACGACGACGAAAGCUCAGCCGCCGAACCAAGUAUCGAUGCGGCAACUCUGGAUUCAGAAGGACGUUGUGUGAUUCUCGAAUUUCCAGCAUUUGUCCUGAUUGGAACCUACUGUCCUGCAUAUCGGGAUGAAAGCCGCGAUUCCUUCCGAAUGGACUUCCUCAACGCUCUCGACGCUCGGGUCCGGAACCUGACUGCUAUGGGCAAGCGGGUGUUCCUGACUGGAGACAUCAACAUCUCCAAGCUCCCGAUUGACUCGGCACAUGCUCUUGAAGGUAUCCGCAAGUGCACCACGACACAGGAGGAAUUUUUGUCCAGUCCUCCGCGGAAAUUAUUCAAUGAGUUGCUCGCUGACGGCGAGGUGGUCGGUAAACGCGAGACUGGGCGGGAACAGCCUGUCCUCCACGAUAUCUGCAGAUCGUUUCACCCGGAACGUACUGGCAUGUACACAUGUUGGGACACGAGACUGAAUACACGACCGGGAAACUAUGGGUCGCGGAUUGACUACGUGUUGUGUAGUCUGGAGAUGCGCGAUUGGUUCUCCAAUUCCAAUAUUCAGGAGGGACUGAUGGGCUCCGAUCACUGUCCCGUCUACGCUGUCUUCAAAGCCUGGGUAUCCCACAACGAUGAAACGGUCCACAUCAAAGAUCUCAUGAACCCCCCCUGGGAUGUUCAAGGGCGGCGAACGUCAGCAAGAGUAUUCUUCGAAGUACAUGCUACCAGCGUCUGGGCGACUCCUCCCGGAGUUCGACGUGGACAAACGAAGGAGCAUCAAGGAUAUGUUCUCCCGCAAGCCUUCGAGCGCACCAAAGGUCAGCUCUACACCUACGGCAUCAAUGACGCCCAGCUCGAAGGAGGUUGGCAAUGCAUCCGCUUCGCCCGCUCAAAACAGCGGACCGCCAUCGCUAUCCCGCAAACGAUCCCAGCCUCUCUCGAACUCGCCCAUCAAACGCUCCAGGCCCUCUGCGACGCCUUCGGGGACUGCGAGCGGACAGAAAACCCUGGCUGGAUUUUUCAAACCAAAGCCCACUGGCAGCAGCGCAGCUUCUCCGGCGCAAUCCGGAACCUCCCAGUACCCUCGAGCGCACCGGGGAGUGCGCUCGCCUCGUCUACCGAAUUUCCGACCGGGGAUCUCACGCCGAGCAAGCUCGGAGACGACCUGGUGAUUGAUCCGAUCGUCAGCAAACAAGAUUGGGGCAAACUGUUCACCAAAAAGCCCGUCCCCAAAUGCGACGGGCAUCAAGAACCGUGCAUCAGUCUUACCACGAAGAAACCCGGCAUGAAUCAAGGUCGGGCCUUUUGGAUCUGCCCUCGACCCCUUGGACCCAGCGGAGAGAAGGAAAAGGGCACACAGUGGCGAUGCCCGACAUUCAUCUGGUCCAGCGAUUGGAACUCGAGCUUGUCGGCAUCGACGGAGCUGUAG